GACACAAACACGCGCUCACACGCGCGCGCGCAUACACACACUGGUCUCUCUUUCUCUGGUUGGGAAAAACCCGAGCUGGAGGAGAACCGGUAUCCAGAAAAAGGAGGACUCCUUCCUCCGCUUCAGACACGGUAGCAGAGCCAUUUGGAGAAAUAUAUUAAGCAAAAAGGAAAUUAAAAAAAUAAUAAUAAAAAAGUCCACACGCGCUGCGGAAGAGAAGAAGCAAAAGGCGGAUGUGCCUCCGAACGCGCCGCGGAUGCCGCCCUCCGGACCCCCUUAAUGCCAAGAUUGUGUUGUCAUUGAUUGAACAUGUUGAGGUUACCUGGACAGACAGCACACAGAAGAGAAAGGCAUCUGAAGUUGUCACACUAGUUAAGUGACAGUUUUGGUCACGUUUAUGCAGAUGUUCCAGUCAGACUAGCAUGAAGGAUUUCUCAAUGUCCAAAACUUAACUUGGAAUCUGUGACGUCUUGCUGUUCUUUGUCACACCUGAUUCUGGCAGAUAUGUACAGGAAGGAUAUAACUGCACACGUAUCAACUAUUCACUACGUUUUAUUUCAUUACACAGGUCCAAUCCCGGCCGAGCGAGAGGGUGAGCUGGCCAUGGGGGUGGGUCGCAGCGAAACCUCACCGCUGAGCAGCCCAGCGGUGCAAGGCCUGAACACGACCCACAAUUCCCAGCGGCCGAGCGCUUGCUGCUUCUGCUGGUGCUGCUGUUGCAGCUGCUCAUGUCUUAAUAUCAGGAAUGAAGAUGAGAGGAGGAGACGUAGGAGGAAGAGGAUAUCACAGGACAACAAGAUGGAAACAAUACCAAACUGUGAAGCUUGCACUAAACCUUCAGCGGAGGAAAUGCAGCUCUGGUCUCAGUCCUUCGACAAGCUGAUGAGGAACCCGGCGGGACGCAAUGUUUUUCGGGAGUUUUUGCGCACCGAGUACAGUGAGGAGAACAUGCUGUUCUGGCUGGCCUGUGAAGACCUCAAACAGGAAAAGAACAAGAAAUCCAUUGAGGAGAAGUCACGCUCCAUCUAUGAGGACUACAUUUCCAUACUGUCACCAAAAGAGGUGAGUCUGGACGCUCGCGUACGAGAGGUGAUCAACAAGAAGAUGCAGGACCCGACGCCUCACACUUUCGAGGACGCCCAGUUGCAGAUCUACACGCUGAUGCAUAGGGACUCCUACCCACGAUUCCUCUCCUCCAGCAUCUACAAGUCGCUCCUUCACGGCAACUCACGCAGCUCCUCUGAGUCCUAGUCCUGCGCUGUCGACACGCCUCCCCUCCGACCAUUUCAUACCCUUCAGGUGAAACUGCCCUUACCCCAAAUUUAUGCCGUGACUGCCAAGACUUGACAGUGGCUAAGACACCUUCAAGCCACUUUUGUCUCAACUGCCCUCUUGUGUACUUCCCCCUUUUCUCCACCUUCCUUUUUAAUCAGUCUUUUCAUUCUUUAAAUAGCUCUGCUCAGUUUUCUAUCCAACAUACUGCAAAAUCCCAUGAAUAACACUCAUUUGCUUGAAAAAAACCCAAAAACAUCCCAAAUCAAGCGGCUUGAUUUGAAAAAUGUUCACAUUGUUUAGAUGUUUACCAGUACCUAGGCAGUAGCUAUGGGUCAUUUUUAUUGUACAUGGGGGUGUGUUAUUCACGGGAUUUUACAGGAUUUAUUUAUUUAUUUGAGAAGUGAAACUGCUAAUUAGUGAUGAUUAUCAUCCGACACCAUUUUUUUGGUCCAUUUGGAAACCGCACAGAACAUACUGUAUUUCGACAAUCCGGAUGAUCUAGGGCUUCAUAUUUCCCUCAAAAUCCAAAGAGGACUGCAAAUAGCGCUGACUCACUUUCGCCAACCGGAGCAAUUCAAUUCAAUUCAAUCGCAAGAGCUCGCGGAGACUAAAAUGUAUGUCGCUACGAUGUGUACAGUAACGGAUCUUAAAAUCCCACCAGAAACCCUUGAACAAUAUUAGCACUAUAAUAUUUCGAUUAGUGUUAUUCAAUCUGGGCAACAUCCACGGAUGUACUUUGGUUUUCUCCUACAUUCCAAAGGCACGCAGUGCAUGUUAGGUUCAUCAAAGACUCAAAAUUCUUCAUAGGUGUGAAUGUCAGUGUUACUGGUUGUCUAUAUGUGCCCUGCAGUUGGCUGGCGACCUGUCCAGGGUGCACCUCACCUCUUGUUCAAAAUCUCCUGGUAUAGGCUCCAAAUGAGGAAAACAUUGUUCUCUUCCUAUCCCAAAUGUGGUACAAAAUGACCAUACCACAAGAUGCCAUUGGACAAUCUUUUUUUUUUUUUUUUUUUU